AUGCGCUCCUUCUGCCUCAUUGCGCUCAUUGUGAGUGGUGUGAUGGUCGUCGUGGCUGAUCGCGCGUCAGGCCUCGAGGACCCUUCAGCUCCUGAUGCUGACCUAGCUGAACAUACGAGUGUGACAGAGUUUCAGAGAACGGCUUCUCACGUCUGGAAACCACACGAAGAACGGGCGUUCUACAUCGAAAGCCUCGCUGCAAAACUGAUGAAACUGCUCAAGUCGGCGAAGACUAUGCUUGCCAGCUUAUACGCCCCCUUCUUCAAGUCAAGUACCACCAAGACUGCAGGCAUGAAGCACGAUGCUGACGUCAUCGCCCGCUACGACCAAAUCGCACCAGCCGUUGACGACCACCGAUUCGUCCCGCCGGGCGAUCCUCCCAUCACACCAGGCGAACCUCUCAUCACACCAGGCAUACCUCCUAUCAUACGGGGCAAACCUCCUAUCGCGCCAGGCAAACCUCCUACCGCGCCAGGCAAACCUCCUACCGCGCCAGGCAAACCUCCUAUCGCACCAGGCAAAGACCAUACGAAACUAGUGGACAAGCUGCGCAAAGAUGAAGGUUUCAAAAAAAUAUGGACUGAUGUUCGAAAGCGUGAGGAGUUCAAAAAGAUGAAGGAUGACUUUCGCAAGUUUUUGGGGGAUGGGAAAAGCGAAUCGGAGGCAGCGCAAGUCGUCCACAAAAAACUGCAAGAAAAGUUGUCGGAACCAGAUUACAAUUACUGGGAUGGUUUGCAGAUGGUGGAGUACACUUGGUGGAUUCGAAACGGAAUUGAUCCGGAAGAUGUUGAAGCCAUGGUGAAGAAGGGUGGUGGCAAGGACGUAGAGGCCAUUGCAAAGGCUAUAGCAGAUGACUACAAGGAUAUUGUUCUGACUAUGUUGGAACACCCAGGUCACUAA